AGAGGGAUCAAACAUGAUGGAAAACAAUGAUACAGACUCAGCUGUAUCAAUGAUCAAGAAGUAUUUGGAAGAUAUGAAUAAUCCACUGCACAUUGCUGUCACAGGAGAAAGUGGAGCUGGAAAGUCCACCUUUGUUAAUGCCUUCAGGGGGAUAAAAGACAGAGAUGAGGGAGCGGCCCCUACAGGUGUUGUGGAAACGACCAUGAAGCCUGAGCCUUACCCACAUCCAAGACACCCCAAUGUUACAUUAUGGGAUCUCCCGGGAGUUGGAACCACCAGAUACCCAGCUGAUCAGUACCUGAAGUACGUGGAGUUUGAAAAGUUUGAUCUUUUUAUCAUUGUAUCAGCUGGUCACUUCAGAGAGCAUGAUGCCAAGCUGGCUCAGGAGAUCAAGAAAAUGGGCAAGAAUUUAUAUUUUGUCCGCUCUAAGAUUGACAACAAUCUAAAAGCUGCGCAAAGGAGCCAGAGGGAGUACGAUGAAGAAAAGACACUUCAGGAAAUCAGGGAAAACUGCAUUGAAGGACUUGAAAAACAAAAUGUGGCGUCCCCUCAGGUCUUCCUGGUGUCUAGUUUUGAUCUCCAAUUGCACGAUUUCCCCGCCCUCCAGGACACCAUGGAGAGAGAGCUUCCUUCACUCAAGAGAAAUGAUCUGAUCUGUAAUGAUCUUCCACUGCACAUUGCUGUCACAGGAGAGAUUGGAACUGGAAAGUCCACCUUUGUUAAUGCCUUCAGGGGGAUAGACAACAAAGAUGAGGGAGCGGCCCCUACAGGUUUUGUGGAAACGACCAUGAAGCCUGAGCCUUACCCGCAUCCAAUAUACCCCAAUGUUACAUUAUGGGAUCUCCCGGGAAUUGGAACCACCAAAUUCCCAGCUGAUCAGUACCAGAAGUACGUUGAGUUUAAAAAGUUUGAUUUUUUUAUCCUUGUAUCAGCUGAUCGCUUCACUGAGAAUGAUGCCAAGCUGGCUCAGGAGAUCAAGACAAUGGGCAAGAAUUUAUAUUUUGUCCGCUCUAAGAUUGACGACAAUCUAAAAGCUGCGCAAAGGAGCCAGAGGGAGUACGAUGAAGAAAAGACACUUCAGGAAAUCAGGGAAAACUGCAUUGAAGGACUUGAAAAACAAGGUGUGGAGACUCCGCAGGUCUUCCUGGUUUCUGGUUUUGAUCUCCAUUUGUACGACUUCCCCGCCCUCCAGGACACCAUGGAGAGAGAGCUUCCUUCACACAAGAGAAAUGUUCUGAUAUUAACCCUUCCCAACGUCUGCAAAAGCAUCAUUAACAAGAAGAAAGAGGUUUUCCGUUCACAAAUUUGGCGCCAUGCUAUAACGUCUGCAGUCGUAGCAGCUGUACCUCUCCCAGGGCUUUCCUUUGCUGCUGAUGUAGGCAUUCUGGUCAAGGUUCUUCGGGACUAUUUGUUUGGGUUUGGUCUUGAUGAAAAGUCGCUGGAAAAACUUUCCAGGGAUACAAAUACACCAUUAGAUGAUAUAAAGCCAGUGUUUACAUGUCUUUGUUCUGGAAAGAGUGUAACUAAUGAGCUUGUUCUCAUGAUGCUGCAAUCUGGAGCAUUGGUAUCAGCAGCUUUGGUAGCAGAGGAAGGUUCCCGAUGGAUUCCUUUUAUUGGAAUCCCAACAGCUAGUGCACUUUCUUUCACUUCCAUUUACACGUUUUUAAGUUCUACUGUUAACAGCCUAUCUGUUGACGCGGAAAGUAUUCGGACAAAGUUCCUGCUCAAAAAGGCUCUAGCCUUUAGCGAUCAGGAACAAUGAACGCUUCAACUGAAGCAAACCUUUGA